AUGGUUCAGGAAGAAGCUACAGUACUCGAGGAUGGCACGACUAGUGGUUCCGGAUCAAGCUCUUUGAUCGGGGCCACCACUGCUGGUGGACGGUCCUUGGUGUAUCAAAUGACAUCGUUUUAUUUACGUACACCUCUGAAGCUGUUUCGGCCGGCGAGAUUUGAUUAUCUUCAUUAUCUGCGAGUUUUAAUGGUGGGAGACGACAAGGGAGGGGGAGAAAGCAAUAUCAAACAGACCAGGCUAGCCACAAGCUCUCAAUUCUGGAAUCCGCGAUACUUUUAUUACUUGGAAAAUUCCUCAGUAGGGCUUCUGACUAAGGGUUUAAAUAAAUACGGGUGGAGAGUCAUCCCCGAAAGAGUUUUACCUCCUUUGGUUGCUAACUCUGCAGCAGGUGUGGUUCUUUACACAACUUACCUCACCAUGUUAAACAAUUUUGCAAAAUCAAACGACACUUUGACUCCCAACUAUCACAACCCAUGGGACGUUAUGAGAGCAGGAUUCAUUGCAGGUGCUGCUCAAGCUGUAGCUUCAGCGCCUAUCGAUGCUAUCUACACAAGAUCGACCGUAGACCAGCUGCUUACUCAGGCCAAAAAUUACGAUAACCUAUGGGUAUACGGGUUUCGAAAGUUACAAGAAAUAGGACUUGUUGGUUGUUUCGGAGGAUUUGGACUCUCGCUCGUUAAGGAAUGUGCCGGCUUUGCGACAUAUUUCACCGUGUUUGAGUUACUGAAAGGCCAGAUCUGCCAGUGUGCUAUUGACUCUGUUAAACAGUAUCGGGAAUUCAAAUUCCAGAUAGGACAAUCUAGAUUGGCAAGAAUUUUUCAAGAUGACAACAAAGAUGGAUCUAGCUUUCCCAUGCCACAGUUCAUGAGCACUAGAGAGGAAAAUUGGUUCCGUAAAGCUUUCGUUUUCGUUGGGGGCAUAUCUGCCGCUUUACUUUUACAAGUAAUCCAGUAUCCUUUCUUGAAACUUCAGAAAAUUCAUCUUUCAAGACUCGAGGCUUUUGAUAUUUACACCAAGGCGACUUCAAACUUCGGCAAUAAGGUUGGGACUCCUAACGAAAUGGUGAGCGUUAACUCAACUAGAAUAAAGUUGAAGCCGAAAAAUCAAAGACUAUUUCACAUUUAUUACCAUUCUUAUCUGGAUACAUUUCAGCAUGUUUAUUUCAUUCAAAAAAGUACCGGCUCGACAUGCAAAUGGCUUUACAAAGGCUUCGUAAGAAAUACUCUAGCGAUCAUUCCAGGAACUACGGCAGGCUUAUUAUUUUUGGAGUUAAUGAGGAACAAAUUUAGCGAAGUUACAGCCUAG